AGUCAAGAUGGGAUAUACGGGACAGUGCGACUGAAUAUAAAACACUUCUAAGUACUAACACACAGUUUCCUAUGUCGACGAUUUUGUGACAUAUCACUAUCGUAAUUCGGGAGAAAUUUGUGUAAUUGCCUGGCAAGAAAUUACCCUGGUCUAGCAAGCUGGAGAAGAAAGUUUGGAAGUUUUCUCGUUUUGUGACGUUUCGUGUUAUGUCAAAGAGAUUAGCGAACCUGCCGUUGAGCAGGUAAAGACAAUCCGCACUUACUAUUUCAAAACACGAGCAUCUCGCAACAUGAUGAAACCGAUCGUACCCACAGCGAAGAGGGCGAGGCAUGGUUUUAGUAUAGAGUCACUCAUCGGAUCUGAGGGGAGACGGUCAGAAUCCCCGGGGGUAGUGAGAGAGAAGAUCCACCCAGGGGAAUCCGAACUCGGGGGCAGAGUCCCACCCCUCCACCCCACGUUACCGUCACCGUUAAGAGGAAGUUUUUUCAGUGAAAACCCAAACGAACUAUUAGCCCUGAGGUCAGCCUGGGGUCUUGUAUCCCCACCCCUCGGAGCAUUUGGUCAUUUGGGGCAAGGUGGAUUUGGCCAGGCCCAGGGUCUCCCCUUCAACCCAUCUCUGUUUGCUGGGGGUCGGGAUCCCUUCCAGCUCUACCCCUGGCUCCUCACCCGGCAUGGCCACUGCGUGUCAUACCCAUUCCCAGGGGCGCCGGAGUCUAACCUGCUGUUCCAUCCCUACCGGAAGCCAAAGCGGAUCCGAACUGCCUUCUCCCCGAGCCAGUUGCUGAAGCUGGAACAGGCGUUUGAGAAGAAUCACUACGUCGUCGGUCAGGAGAGGAAGGAGCUAGCAGCCAAACUCAGCCUCACAGAAACACAGGUGAAGGUAUGGUUCCAGAACCGGCGAACAAAAUACAAGCGUGUCAAGUCAGAAGAGGGCUGCUCGUCGCCACCUCACCCCCUCGACCAAUCGGAGGCAGUGGAGGAAUCUGAGAACGAGGCUCUGGCAGAGGAAAUGAUACCACGUGACUGUGGAGACGACGAUGACGUCGAAGACGCCAGUGAUGACGAGUGUGAAACAGUGGAUGUUUCGUGACAAUAGCUGGCGUUAAUCAGUGACUGUGCUGUCAUAACGUCAUUCAUUGUGGUCAAUUCACAAACGCCAAAUGCUAACCACAGAGACGAUUUACACAUUUUAUGUACCGUACUCACAGAAAACGAGUCCACCUGACCAAAGAAAUGUUGACAUAAUGCUGACCACAUACUACAAACUGAUUAUAUUGAACCUCUACGGCAAUAUUUUGACGUAAUAUGGUUGGUUCGUUGAGAUUUGCACUUCACAUCUUUGUGUCACGUUUGUUUGAUGUUUAACGCCGCUCUCGGCAUUAUUACAGCCAUUUAAAGGCGAAUCUAGACCAGAUAAUUAAGUAAUUGACAUCAUCAGCAUCGAUUUUACGCAAUUGGGAUACGAUGACAUGCAUCAGCCAAGUCAGCGAGCCUGACCACCCGAUCCCGUUAGUCGCCUCUUACGACAAACAUGGGGUGCUGCAGACCAAUUCUGACCCGGAUCUUAUCGGAUGGUUCACACAUGUCCUUAUACUGUAUUCACUGUCCUAUUGGUCGACAACAUUAUGUGAAUGUAUAAUCAUAUUUCAUAUGGAACGUAACAUAUCACAGAAAUGCAAAUUUUACAAUGAUAGAGACGUAGACAUUGGAUUUGAAAAUGACAUGUAAUAAUGUGAAAUUUACGCGUUAAUUUAUGAAAUCAAUUAUAUGUAUGAAAGUGCUAUUAAACACGACCACGCUCUUGUGAAUACUGAUAAAUAUAUUACAGGGCUAGUUCUUGUUUAACUCAUAUCACCACGUGAUUUUAGACAACCUUAUUCUGUGAGACUCAUAUACCAUCUACACGUGAUGUUGAAUGACUGGGCGGAGUAGUGUUUGACUUGUUUACACAUGAUGUAAGAACAUUAUUCUGUGAGAAGUGUUGGUAGUUGAAUGUCUGGGCGGUGAAAUGUUUGACUCUUCUACUGAUGAUGUGCAACAACAUUAUUCUGUGAGAAGUGUUGUUAGUUGAAUGUCUGGGCGGUGAAAUGUUUGACUCUUCUAUUGAUGAUGUGAAACAACAUUAUUCUGUGAGAAGUGUUGGUAGUUGAAUGUCUGGGCGGGGUAAUGUUUGAUUUAUAUCUAUACGUUAUGUGAGACAACAUUAUUCUCUGAGAAUUGUUGGUCAUAGAUGUCUGUCCGGGGUAAUGUUUGACUCGUUUACACAUUUUGGGCUGGACUCUAGUGACUAGUAAUGGUCACAUCACUGAACAUGUCCAUGUUUGACUAGUCACCAUAUAACGUUAGAGAUACACGCACCCCACUAGUAAAUAUGGAGACUUAUAUCACAAGGUAGUUAAAAUGUUUAGGGCCCGACCUUUUGAUAUUUGUGAUUGUGGUGGAUGUGGCUUGUUUGGAAACCAGAUAUUUUUCAGCCACAUCUUCAGGAUAUUGUUUUAAUUAAAACUAUGAGUUUUAAUAAUUUAAAAAAAAAAUCGUGCAACAAUUUAAUUUGUGUGGCAAUUAAUUUCAGUUUGUUUUAAACUAUCUGAAGCAUUAAUAUCUUUUUUUUCUGGGACAGUUACAGUUUUUCGAUAAAAUCGCAGCCCUCUUCCAUCCCCAACUCUCGAAUAUCAAAUGGUCGCCCCUUACACAUACAUGUACCGUGAGAGUAACACGCCCCACUAGUGAAUAUUGAUACGUAUAUCACAGGGCAGUUCAUUGUUUGACUAGUCUACAUAUAUAUGCACUAUGAGACAAACACGCCCACUCUCAAGUGAAUAUUGAUACUUAUGCAGUUAAAUGUUUACACAUACAUGUAGUAUGAGAGAAACACUCUCACACUUUCUAGUAAAUAUUGACAACUACAUCAAAAGGCAGUUAAAUGUUUGACUUGUCUACACAUAUAUGUACUAUGAGAGAAACACUUUCACGCUCUCUAGUAAAUAUUGACAACUACAUCAAAGGGCAGUUAAAUGUUUGACUUGUCUACACAUAUAUGUACUAUGAGAGAAACACUCUCACGCUCUCUAGUAAAUAUUGACAACUACAUCAAAGGGCAGUUAAAUGUUUGACUUGUCUACACAUAUAUGUACUAUGAGAGAAACACUCUCACGCUCUCUAGUAAAUAUUGACAACUACAUCAAAGGGCAGUUAAAUGUUUGACUUGUCUACACAUAUAUGUACUAUGAGAGAAACACUCUCACGCUCUCUAGUAAAUAUUGACAACUACAUCAAAGGGCAGUUAAAUGUUUGACUUGUCUACACAUAUAUGUACUAUGAGAGAAACACUCUCACGCUCUCUAGUAAAUAUUGACAACUACAUCAAAGGGCAGUUAAAUGUUUGACUUGUCUACACAUAUAUGUACUAUGAGAGAAACACUCUCACGCUCUCUAGUAAAUAUUGACAACUACAUCAAGGGCUGUUAAAUGUUUGACUUGUCUACACAUAUAUGCACUAUGAGAGAAACACUCUCACGCCCUCUAGUAAAUAUUGACAACUACAUCAAAGGGCAGUUAAAUGUUUGACUUGUCUACACAUAUAUGUACUAUGAGAGAAACACUCUCACGCUCUCUAGUAAAUAUUGACAACUACAUCAAAGGGCAGAGAUAACUGCCCACACUCUGGUGAAUAUUGAUAAUUAUAUCACAAGAAAUAUAAAUGUUUGACUUGUUUACACGUGAUAGAGAUAACUGCCAUCAUUCUAGUGAAUAUUAACAAUUAUAUCACAAGACAUAUAAAUGAUUGACUUGUGUGCAGAUGAUAGAGAUAACUGCCCACAUUCUAGUGAAUAUUGAUAAUUAUAUCACAAGAAAUAUGAAUGUUUGACUUGUUUACACGUGAUUGAGAUAACUGCCAUCAUUCUAGUGAAUAUUAACAAUAAUAUCACAAGACAUAUAAAUGAUUGACUUGUGUGCAGAUGAUAGAGAUAACUGCCCACAUUCUAGUGAAUAUUGAUAAUUAUAUCACAAGAAAUAUGAAUGUUUGACUUGUUUACACGUGAUUGAGAUAACUGCACACACUCUAGUGAAUAUUGAUAAUUAUGUCACAAGAAAUAUAAAUGUUUGACUUGUGUGUACUUGAUAGAGAUAACUGCCCACAUUCUAGUGAAUAUUGAUAAUUAUAUCACAAGAAAUAUUAAUGUUUGACUUGUGUGCACAUGAUAGAGAUAACUGCCAUCAUUCUAGUGAAUAUUGAUAAUUAUAUCACAAGAAAUAUAAAUGUUUGACUUGUGUGCACAUGAUAGAGAUAACUGCCCACAUUCUAGUGAAUAUUGAUAAUUAUAUCACAAGAGCUGUAAUGUUUGACUUGUGUGCACAUGAUGAGAGUUACACACCACUAUUGUGAAUACUGAUAUCACACGACACAUACAGGUUUGAUGUAGUGUGAUUCACACACUGAAAUGACUGUAAAUGUGAAAGUGAUCGCUGUAUGAAUCUCGCGAUUCAAGAAGAAACAGAUCGUUAUUGUUAACCUUCAUAGUCCGCAGCACUGAUCGUUCCUCUUGCCGGGUAUUUCACUGUUUGUUACUGUCUAUCAUUACACAUAUUGAUUUGAUUAAAGUUGAUUGUAUUACCCAA